UUUUAAAUUUAAAAAAGAAAAUGUGUAAACAUAUACUCAAUGUUUAAGUUGCUAUUAGAGCUCCAUGUUGUAAAAAGUAUAAAUCAAUUUUAACAAGAUGGUUCGAUUGUGCUUAAUGUCAUGAAGAACUUGAAAAUCAUCCUUUAUUAAAAUCUAUUGAAAUGAUUUUUGCUUGUAAAAAAUGUAAAAAGGUUUUCAGAAAAGAUAUCACAGAUUAUGAUGAAUCUGAUGAAUAUUGCCCACAGUAAUAUCAAAUCUUUAUUCUAGUUGCGAUAAUCAUUAUGUUAUCAAAGCAGUCACCUAAGAAUCAAAAGAAAUUGUUAAAUUUGAGAACUUAGUUAAAGAAGUCUAAUAAUGAAUUCAAUAUACCCU